AUGAGGAGGUUCAGCAGCAAAGGCAGGCGGAGAGGCGGACCGAGGGGGGAAGCUAGCAGCCGUGGGGGCUUCAGUUUUAGUCAGAGCAGCGCGGAAGCAGCAGCAGCAGAUGCACACAACGAUGAAACGUUUGCUGUUGACAACCCCAUCGGGGAUGACUGGCAGCCCAAUGAGGCGCAGUAUAAGGAAUUCGAGCGACAGAAGCAGCAGCAGCAGCAGCAGCAGCUGCAGCAGCAGCAGCAGCAGCAGCAGACGGAGCAACACAACAGACACAUACCCACAUCAUAUGCACACCAUGUAGACGAAAUACAACACCAGCAGCAGCAGCAGGAGCAACAGCUGCAGCAGCAACACCCGCAGCAGAAGCUGCUGCAGCAGCAGCUGCAGCAGCAGCUGCAGCAGCAGCAGUGUGUGAUGAACGCGCGCUUCGAGCUGCCGGAGUUCUUCAGCACAGACGCCAGGGGGCAGCCGGUGGAUGUGCUACUGGAGUCUCUUGAGCCUGAGACAGAUGCUGCUGCUGCUGCUGCUGCUGCUGGCAGCAGCAGCAGCAGCAGCAGCAGCAGCGGCAUUGCGGAGGCCUCCUUCGGAGCGCUUCACUCAGACGCCCCCCUCGAGCCGUUCCCGCAUGCGCUGCAGCCAGACAUGCAGCUGCAGCAGCAGCAACUGCAGCAACUGCAGCAGCUGCAGCAGCUGCAGCACGACGAACCGCCUCACUAUCACCAACGUUUCAACAACUCAGCAGCAGCAGCAACAGCAGCAGCAGCAGCAGCAGACCCUUUGUCUCCAAGGAGCUCGUGCAUGCAGUCGUUGCUGUGCCCGGCUACCGGCAAGCUGCUGCGGCCUCCACCUGGCUUUGACAGGGAUACAGCACAGCUGCAGCAGCAGCAGCAGCAGCAGCAGCAGGCAGCAGCAGCAGCAGCAGCUGCUGCUGCUGCUGUCAGCAGAGACCCUGCCGUCUUGAUGGCAGAAGCGGGAGACGGCAUGGCUUCGCACUUUGUCUGGCCGCCAAGCAGCAGCAGCAGCAGCAGCAGCAGCAGCACCCCGCUCAUCUCCGUGUGGGGAUCGACAGGCCAGCACUGCAGCAGCAGCACCAGCAACUGCAGCAGCAGCAGCACGCUGCUGCUGCUGCUCCUGACCUUGCACCAAGCUGGGACAGCCCGACAGACUUUUGGGCUUCCGCUCACCAGCAGCAGCAGCAGCAGCAGCAUCAGCAGCAGCAGCAGCAUCAGCAGCAGCUGCUACUGCUUCAGCAGCAGCAAGGCGAUCUAUACGGGGGUGUCAUGGGUGGCCCAGCAGGCAUGCAGCAGCAGCAGCAGCAGCCAGAACCGGUGCUGCAGCACGAGGUUCUGUCCCGCUCAUCUCCGUGUGGGGAUCGACAGGCCAGCACAGCUGCAGCAGCACCAGCAACUGCAGCAGCAGCAGCACGCUGCUGCUGCUGCUGCUCCUGACCUUGCACCAAGCUGGGACAGCCCGACAGACUUUUGGGCUUCCGCUCACCAGCAGCAGCAGCAGCAGCAGCAUCAGCAGCAGCAGCAGCAGCAUCAGCAGCAGCUUUUACUGCUUCAGCAGCAGCAAGGCGAUCUAUACGGGGGUGUCGUGGGUGGCCCAGCAGGCAUGCAGCAGCAGCAGCAGCAGCCAGAACCGGUACUGCAGCACGAGGUUCUGGAGCAGCAAUUGCUGCAGCGACAGCAGCAGCAUUUGCAGCAGCAGCAACUGCAGCAGCAGCAGCUACAGCAGCAGCAGAGCGAUCUAUACGGGGGUGUGGUGGGUGGCCCAGCAGGCAUGCAGCAGCAGCAGCAGCAGCCAGAACCGGUGCUGCAGCACGAGGUUCUGGAGCAGCAACUGCUGCAGCGACAGCAGCAGCAUUUGCAGCAGCAGCAACUGCAGCAGCAGCAGCUACAGCAGCAGCAGCAUUUGCAGCAGCAGCAUUUGCAGCAUUUGCAGCAGCAGCAGCAGCAGCAGCAUCUUAGCAUGUCUGACAGGAGCUCGCCGGUGGGGCAGCACGUAUCACCGCAGCACUUGCAGCAGCAGCACAUGCAGCAGCAGCACAUGCAGCAGCAGCUGCAGCAGCAACAGCCGCUCCAGCUGCAGCAGCAGCAGCAGGAGAGGGAGCAAAGGGCUGGGAGGGGUCUGUCUGAUAGAGUGAGGGGCGGCGAGCUGCGGUCUUCUGGUGCUGCUCACGGCAGACUGUCGCAUGCAGCAGGCAGCAUGGAUCAGCAGCAGCAGCAGCAGCAGCAGCAGCAGCAACAGCAUAUGCGUAGUCAGCAAGUGCAACAACAGCCGCAGCAGCAGCGGCGCAGGCAGCAGCAGCAACAGCAGCAGCAGCAACAGCUGCAAGAGAAGGGGCGACGCUAUCCAAAGCAGCAGCAGGACUCGCACGCUCUGAACGGCAGCAGCAGCAGCAGCAGCAGCAGCAGCAGCGGCGGCUUUAGGGGGGCGAACAGGUCCUUCGACGGCAACCUGUCUGCCAGCAGCAGCAGCAGCAGCAGCAGCAGCAGCAGCAGCAGCAGCAGCAUUUGGCCCCCACCGAUAUUCCCAUUGACUCGCGGCUUAAUAGAUUAUAUAAUUCGUGAAAAGAUAGAAGACAGCAGCGAGCUGUUUGGGGCUGUGCCUGAGGGUGCUGCUGCAGCUGCAGCAGCAACUCCCAGCCCAACACCCUGCAGCAGCAGCAGCAGCAGCAGCAGCAGCAGCAACAGCAGCAGCAGCAGCAGCAGCAGCAGCAGCGGGUUCAUGACCCCUCAUGACUUCGAUGUUAUCCUGCGGGUGCAGCUGUCGCAGACCUCACGCCGACCAGAGCUGCAGAAGUAUACAGGCCGCUGGAACUUUCGUUGCAUGCGCAGCAGCAGCAGCAGCAGCAGCAGCAGCCAGAUGCCGUUUGAAGUAGAGAGUUCUUUGAAGCAGCUUGUACAGACAGUGGGGGGAUUGGGCGAGCAGUUGUUGCGCUCAUCUGCUGCUGCAGCAGCAUCUGCUGCAGCAGCAGCUGCUGUUGCUUCGGCUGCUGCUGCUGCUGUCGCCACCGAUGCUCAGACCCUCGUCAGCAACUCCUGCAUGCACCGCAGGCUGCUGGGUUCUGUCUCAACAGCUGAAGCAGCAGCGCUUGCAGCAUCUGCUGCAGCAGCAGCUGCUGUUGCUUCGGCUGCUGCUGCUGCUGUCGCUACCGAUGCUCAGACACUCGUCAGCAACUCCUGCAUGCACCGCAGGCUGCUGGGUUCUGUCUCAACAGCUGAAGCAGCAGCGCUGCUGCAGGCAGCAGAAAAGGAGCAGCAAGCACCGUCCCCAGAUGCUGCCGCUGCUGCUGCUGCUUCUGCUGCUCAAGCUGCUGCUCCUUCUGGUCCUGCUGCAGCGAAGCAAGCUGCUGGGACUCCUGCUGCAGGUGCUGCUGACUCAGAAGGCGCGGAAACGCAAACUCCCGAAAGCAGCAGCAGCAGCAGCAGCAGCAGCAGCAGCAGCGGGGUGCACAAGAAGUUUGGGCGCGUUGCAUAUGCAUCGAUUCGACACCCACGGAAUGUCAUUCAUAUAGACAGACGAUCGCAGCAGGAAGAAGACAGUGUAGAGGUUUCUGCUGCUGCUGCUGCUGCUAGCAGCAGCAGCAGCAGCAGCAGCAGCCCAAACGGCUCCAUCAAGCAACGCCCCAGUCAACAACUCGUCAGACAGCUGUCUCUAGGGUCUCCUGGCAUCAGCUCGCUGCAGUCUUCUUUGGCCGUCAACUCUGUUAUUGAAGACUGCCACGACAUACGGCUCACAGCAACCGCGCUGCUGGCAGAACUAGAAGAGUGCCCAGCGAGCCACGUUGCAGCACGGGGCCGUUUGCAGCAGCAGCUGCAGCACACGCUGCAGCAGGCUGCUGAGUUGCUGCUGCUGCGGCACUGCUCCUCUACCCUUGCGCCUCCUAUGCCUUACCUUCUGGACUUCUGGGCCCCCGCUUGCUGCUCGUCCCCAUCAGAAUAUGUGUUCAGGCUGCGUCAGCACUACCUGCGGCAGCAGCAGCAGCAGCAGCAGCAGCUGCUGCAGCUGCAGCAGCAGCAGGAGCAGCAGCAAGAGGAAGAGGGCUUCAUGGGAGUGUUACCUUCAGACAUGAACCGCUUGGUUGCUGAUGGGCGCUGCAGCAGCAGAUGGAUGCUGCAGAAUGUCUGCUGCAGCAGCAAAGGCAUGAGGCUGCUGCUGGGGCUGCUGCCGCUGCUGAGCGACCCCUGCGCCUCGUUGCUGCUGCAGACGUUGCUGCUGUGUUCAGAGACAUUGGAGUGUGUCUUGGGUGAAGCAGAUAGCAUCAUUGCAGCAGCAGCAGCAGCAGCAGGAGCAGCAGCAGCAGCAGCAGCAACAGCAGCAGCAGCAGGAGCAGCAGCAGCAAGCGAGCCUAGUGUGCGUUUGUUCGAGGAGAGCUUCGGGGCCCUCACGAACGGCUGUGCUCUGCAGCUUCUUAGAUAUAUUGGGCUGCAGGGGGGGCCCCGCUGA